AUGCUCUUUAGGCAGCCAAGGAUUCUGCCCCAUCAGUCGAAGCUGACAAAGGAGAUAAUAGAAGAUAUAGAAGAUUAUGAUCAGUUUGGAAAUACUUGCUACUGCAACUCAGUCCUACAAGCACUUUAUUUUUGUCGUCCUUUUCGAGAAAAAGUGCUGGCUUACAAGAGUCAGCCAAGAAAGAAAGAGAACUUGCUGACUUGUUUGGCUGAUUUGUUCCACAGUAUAGCUACACAGAAAAAGAAAGUUGGAGUAAUACCACCAAAAAAGUUUAUAACACGGCUUCGAAAAGAAAAUGAGCUUUUUGACAACUACAUGCAGCAGGAUGCCCAUGAAUUCUUAAACUAUCUGCUAAACACAAUUGCUGAUAUCUUACAAGAGGAGAAGAAGCAAGAAAAGCAGAACGGCCGACUGCCGAAUGGCAAUAUUGACAGUGAAAACAAUAACAGCACUCCGGAUCCUACUUGGGUUCAUGAUAUCUUUCAGGGAACAUUAACUAAUGAGACCAGAUGUCUUACUUGUGAAACUAUAAGUAGUAAAGAUGAAGAUUUUUUAGAUCUUUCCGUCGAUGUGGAGCAAAACACAUCCAUUACUCAUUGUUUAAGGGGUUUCAGCAAUACAGAAACUUUGUGCAGUGAGUACAAGUAUUACUGUGAAGAGUGCCGCAGCAAACAGGAAGCACAUAAAAGGAUGAAAGUAAAAAAGCUACCUAUGAUUUUAGCCCUUCAUCUAAAGAGAUUUAAAUAUAUGGAUCAGCUACAUCGAUAUACAAAGCUGUCUUACAGGGUAGUCUUUCCAUUAGAACUUCGACUUUUCAACACGUCAGGUGAUGCCACCAACCCCGACAGAAUGUAUGACCUUGUUGCUGUGGUAGUUCACUGUGGAAGUGGUCCUAAUCGUGGGCAUUACAUUGCAAUAGUGAAGAGUCAUGACUUCUGGUUGCUAUUUGAUGAUGAUAUUGUAGAG